CACAUGAAAUCUUUAUAAACAUUUCUUCUGAUAUCCAGACCAUAACUCGACUUGUAUAAAAGCAAAUUCCCUCUUCUCGACUUGCUAUCAUAAAUAACAGAUUUUCUUCUUCCUUAGUUUUCUUUCAAGAACUAAAAAUGGAUAUUAUUUCUGUCCCAUUUACAGGCACAUGGAAGAGAUACUGGAGAAGAAAGCGUUACCAAAGAAUCGAUGGAGGAAUAAGAGGAACAAAGAAUAUGAAGGUAAUAAGAAUUGGAGAUCGAGGAAGUCCGAAAAGGGGUUGGAAGAUAAGAACUGCAGCGAAGCUGAGAAUUUUAAAAGCUGUUACUUCUCCAUUAAAGCUCAUAGGGAAGCUUAAAAGUGCUUAUGUUAAUAUGAUGCUUAAUUUGGCUGGAAAUGAUAGUGUUUUUGGAAAUAAAAGAAUUCCAAAAGCAAGGCAAGUUCCUAUUGCUGCUUAUUCUAAUGAAGAAUUUGAGGCUAGACUUGUUUUUGAGAUUUAUAAAGCCUUGAAAGCAACUCAGUAGAUGAUGGAGAUGGCUCAUCAAUCCUUGUGGCCUGGUUUAUUUGGGCAGCAAGGAACCGGUUUUUUGGUCGGCAUGCAGUUGAUAAUGCUCCACAGAGAAUUGUUAGCAACUCGAUAAAAGUUAUUGAGUGGCGCUAGCACUACGAAGGAAGACUAAUGGAUGGUAUGUUUAAAGUCUUAUAUCCAUGUUUAAAUGUAAUUUGGAUGCUGCUCUUUAUGGUUGUUCAUGUUAUGGAAAUGUUAUUCCAUAACAGGAAGAUUGGGAAACAUCAGAGUCACAGUGGCAAAGAGAGAAAUCCUUGGUUUUUGAUUGUUUUGUUGAGAAGUGAUUAAGUUUGAUGUAUCUUUUCUAAUGAGUAAUGAUAUUUGAUUUAUUCACUAUAUAA